GAUAUGCACUCAUAUUCGAUAAUAGACACAUAUUUGAAAUAGCCAUAGACACCACAAAAAUAACAAGGAAAAGAAAAACACAAAAUUCCCACACAGAACAACAAACCCGCCCUCUCUCGCUCUCCGUAGACAAGUUGCAUUUCCGCGGAUUCCCGCAACUCGUUUCUUUUCCCAUUUCCCUCCCAUUGCGGCUUGCCUUGCUAGCGAGUUCCUUUAUAUUCCACCCCCCCUCCCUUGUUGACAGAUCCUUUUUUUUAUUUAGCCCUUUAGCGUUCCUUUUCGUGUCUAUAUGGCGGUCCUGUUGCCCUUUGGUAACGCUCUUGUUCCGAAUCAUCGUCGUGAUAGAACCUCCCGUAUUUUUAAAUCUUGGAGGUCGUCCGUUCAGUUGCCCAACACACGCAUAUCAGGACAUUAUUACCCUCUACCCGGUACUCGUUCGCUGCCAACCGCACGGCCCCCUCCGUCGUACUCCGUGUACUUUUUCUUGCUAGGACCCGCUUCGCCUCCCCGGGACGAUUAAAGCACCAAUCCGUCCGUGGGGGGACCUGGCGACUCACACACCAACGCACAAAACACACAUACGCUCAUUCUUUUAAUCCUUUCGUCAUAACCCGCCGCCGUAUCGCGCCGAUCCAGUUUACAAAAGACAAGUAAACAGUUUCAACAAAGUUGAGAAGCUCUAUCACACCCUCGGACCGACCCUGUUGUCGCUUCUGUUGGCCGCCCAAUGCACGCGUCUCCAGUGGGUCCCACAGAAAAUACUGACUCGGCCGGUGCCACGGCUACGUCUGCCAGCUUGUCUCCUCCGUCCAAUCCUCCUCCUCCUUCCCCCAUAAUAUUAUACGAACUCAUCAUUCGCCAACAGCCCAAUCGGGCUCGAAUGUGUGGCUUUGGAACAAAGGAUUACCGCCCUGUUGAUCCAGCACCAAUCCUACAACUCAUCCGAAGGGAGGGGGAUCGAGUCGUUUUAGACUACAAGGAAAGUACGUCGCUCGUUUGUCAUGCGUCGCUUUGGUCGGCAGAUGGAACAGAAGAGCGAGGAGUCGUCUUGAAUCCGGGCAGUGCUGCCGCACGACGAACUGAAUCGCUCUUCGCAGGAGAGUCAACCUUGACGCCACCACCUUCUAGCUACGUUUCCGUUCUUGUAGGCUCCCUGGUGAGCCCUUGCCACAUUCUCACAGAUGUUGACGGACAAAAGGCGCUUUUCUUCACGUUUGCCGACUUGAGCAUAAGAACGGGCGGCCAUUAUCGGUUGAAAUUCUUUUUGUACGACAUCACCAAGGAUGCUUCACAAGCCAUGGCAUCGGCAAUGUCCGACAUCAUUGCAGUAUUCCCCCCAAAGACAUUUCCUGGAAUGACUGAGUCCUCCCAACUUGCCAAGUGUCUGGCUCGGCAAGGCAUCAAACUACACAUCCGAACCGACAUGAGACGAAACUCUGGAUCAACUCCAGGAGAAACAGGAUCAAACAAUCCAUAUUUGAUGAGUAGCCUCGAGACUUCGUAUAUAGAUGGCGAAUUACCGGACGACGGGCCUGUAGACUUUGGUGAAUUGGCUCAAAGUUCGAAUGAUUUGGAAGACCCAUCGAACAUGGGAAGCUUGUGAACGAAAGAAAAACAAAGGAAUGGAAUCAGAUUCGAAUGACGGCAUUUUCAACCUCAUGACCCAGUGGCCUUUUUCUUGCAUGUAGCGAUUGAUGGCUUUGUAUUUAGGGAAGGUUGUAUUGGUUUUUUUUCUUUUCUUGGCGGAUAUAGUAUCCCGCUGUGAUCGGGUAGAGAGUCAGCCCCUGUUCUGGAAGCGGGGACUUGGGCGCGUUAUGGCCGAGAGAGAGAGAGGGGGGGAGACCGAGAAGGAGGGAGGGAAACAGCAAGGAGACCAGCGAGACUUGCUGAUGUAAUCCUUUACUUACUGACGGAUAAGCACGUAGCUGCGAGAAACACGCCUUCUCGUUGCAUUUGUGCAAUGUUCUUUUUAUUUGCAUGUUUCUAAAGUUUUAAAUUAUAUCUGGUUCUUUUCGUUUCUGUGA